AUGUUCAAGUUAACAUCAAAUACAACUACUAGUAGCAGCGGCGGCGGCGGUCAAGCUUCAACACCAGAUAGACCUCUUACCGAGGCGUCGCUUCGACAAUUGCGAUACCAACGUGAACGAUACUGGAGUGAAAAGGGCAUACAAGCAUGGAUCGACAGAUUAUACGAAGAAGCCGAUGUAUAUAUAAGGUUACAAAAAGAAAAGGAAGAGGCUGAAGCAGCUGCAAACGCAUCUGGCAACAUUGAAUCAUCAUCAUCAGAUACAUCGACUACUACCACUACCAAUAAUAACAUUACGACUGAAGAUCGCAGUAAUAUUAUCGAAUACAAUAAUACUGACAAAAAUGUAAAUAGUAAAGCUCAUAUGGAUAUUGAUAAUCAAUAA